AUACUUUAGAAGUUUCAAGUAUUGAUCAUUAUAGUAUGGCCGCUCAUUACUAUCAAUUAUCUGUUAUCAGUAAUUGGUGGUCCAAAAUAUUCGUGCCUGGUGGUCAAAUACCACAGUAAAUGCUCAAAGUAAUACAAUAUACAAUUAGUUAUUCAACUAUUAAAUCUAUUUACUGUAAACGAUAAACAUUUCUGCUUUCUGAUAUAUUUUUAAAAUUAAAAUGCCGACGCUCUGUGCCAUUGUUGGGUGUUCUAAUAAAACAACAAACAAAAAUAUCUCUUUCUAUCGUUUUCCAAAAGUUAAGAUGAAUGCUGCGUCAGACCUGAAAAUGAAAAUGAAUAAACAGCAAAAUGCUUGGUUGAAAUCAUUACGCAGACUUGAUCUAGCAAAUAAAAAUAUUGACUACAUGCGUGUAUGUUCUGCUCAUUUUAAAUCUGGUAAACCAGCCAAAUACCAAGACGAAAAUGAUCCAGAUUGGUGUCCAACAUUAAAUAUGGGUUAUUGUGUUACUAGGGGUGUAGCUACUUCUCCAGUCAUGAAAAGGAUCAAAGAGCUACUAAAAGGAUAUUCACGAAUAAAAUAAAUGAUUCAAAUUCUACAAUUUCAAUUAACAAUGAUUUAGUUACUGUAGGUAUCGAAAACGAAGAUAAGCCAAUUGACACUGGUAUAUCGUCUUCAACUGAAAUGACAAUGAUUGACAUACAAAUGUUACAAAAUGAUUCAGUACAAAAUAACUUAUUAAUACCAAAAUUAAAAUCUGAAAUUGACUAUUUAAAUUUAAGUGAAAAAACUUUUGAGAAUAGACCAAAAAUGUUAACGUAUUAUACUGGGUUAGAGAGCA